AUGGCAGCGAUCACCCUCCGACUGCUCGGCGCCGUGUACCUGUUCCGGCUGCUGAACGCGCUGCUCUGCCGGACCUACUUCCAGCCGGACGAGUUCUACCAGGCCCUCGAGCCCGCCCACCGGCUCGUCUUCGGCUACGGCUUCCAGAUCUUCCUGCCCAAACUCGUCCAAGCUGGGAUCGCAACGGCCACCGACCUGGCCACCUACUCCCUGGCCAGCGUCCUGUUGACCCCGACGUAUGCGGCCACUGCGCUGGCCUGCUCCCUCACCUCGCUCUUCAACGCCUAUGCCGGCGUCAGGACCUUCUCCAACUCCCUCGAGACCGCCCUCACCGCCUCCGCACUCGCCUAUUGGCCCUGGAACGCCCAUGAGAUCCCCCACUCGUGGGCCAACCUCUCCCUCUCAAUCCUCCUCAUCGCCCUCUCCGUCAUCGUCAGACCCUCCGCGAUCCUCUUCUGGUCCGUCCUGGGCUACACCCUCCUCAAAAAAUCCACCGGCGAAGCUCGGAUGGAUGUCAUGGCCCUCGUGGCCGUCUUAGGAGUCACCUCCGCUCUCGCCUGUCUGUUGAUUGAUUCAAGCUUCUACGGUCUCGUCACCUUCACCCCACUCAACUUCAUCCGCCAGAACGUCUUGAACGAUCUCUCGACCUUCUAUGGCGUCAACCGCUGGCACUUCUACUUCACCCAAGCGUUCACCUUUGUCAACUUCUCGAUGUUCCCCACCGUCAUCCUCGGCAUGCUCUCGCUCAUCACGCCCCAGAACGUGCACGAGAGUCCAGGCCAGCUGGAUCGGCUGCGCUCGGCACGCGUGGCCGUACUAGGCACGAUGCUCGGGCUUUCGCUGCUCAGACACAAGGAGUUCCGCUUCAUCGCCCCGCUCGUCCCGCUCUUCAACUGCUUUGCCGCCCGGGCCAUGGUCAACAACUACAUCAAGGACCGCCUCGCCCGUCCAGCCAGCUCCCCCGCCGACAUCAGCCGUCUCGAGCGCAUCCUCUCCGCCCGCCCGCUCGGCUUCAUCCUCAGAUCAUCCGUCGCCUUCGCUGCGGCCGUCUAUCUGCUCGGCUUCCAUUACAGAGCCCAGAUCGCCGUCAUCGACUAUCUCCGGCAGCUCCCCGACCUCGAACUCAAGAGCGUCGGCUUCUUGAUGCCUUGCCACUCCACCCCUUGGCAGAGCCAUCUCCAUAAACCACAUCUUGCUCCCAACGGUACCCAGGAACGGCUCUGGAUGCUCACGUGUGAACCGCCCCUGAUCUCCUUCCGAAACAGCUCUUCAACAGAAGCGGAUGGUGCGGCUAAUAGCACAGCCCACGCGAACCAAACCGAGGAUACAACCGAGGAGCGAGAACGGAAGGAGCAAAAAGCCGAGUCGAAGCAGCUGGACGAUCCGGGGGAGUAUGAGGAUGAAGCGGCGGAGUUUUACCGGGACCCGCCGGGGUUUCUGACGGCGCGGUUCCCAGAGACGGUCGACAAGGGGUACCCGGCGACGGACAAGAGCACGGGGCGCUACCAAUGGCCCUCCCAUCUCGUCCUCUUCGACGCCCUCUGGACCCUCCACCCCGUCCGCUCUCUCCUCCAGGACCGCGGAUACCGGGUCGUCUGGAACAUGACUAAUGGCUGGUGGCACGAUGAUCCCCAGCGCCGCGCUGGCAACGUCAUCGUCUUGCGUUCCUCUUAA